AUCAUCAUGGUCAGAGCUAAAGUGAUAAAAUAUAAAGUGUGAUCUUUAAUACUGAUAGCUUUACUUUACACAAGAUGAUGAAGGGAAUACUAUUUUUAACUACUCUGUUUGUGGCCAAUUUUGCCAAAAAGACUUUUGAGAGAAACCAGGUUCUUCGGAUCACCGCAAAAGAUGAGGCGCAGAUCUCUCUCCUGAAGGAGCUUUCUGAGCAAGAACAUCUCGAGUUGGACUUCUGGAGGGAGCCCAUUCAUGAGUCCUUGCCUGUGGACGUCCAUGUCCCGUUUCACAGUCUCCAGGACGUCAGGGCGUUCCUGGGAAACAAUCAGAUCCAGUAUGAUGUCAUGAUCAUGGAUGUCCAGGACUUGCUGGAUGACGAGGAACGUGAGAUGGUGAAAAAUUGUUCCUCUCCAAAAAGUACUGAUGACUUCGUCUACUCCGCCUACCAUAACCUAAAUGAGAUUGACUCUUUCAUAGACAUGCUUGUGGCAGAGAAUGGAAAUCUGGUCAGCAAAAUUGUGAUUGGUCGGAGCUACGAGAAACGCUCAUUGAACGUUCUGAAGUUCAGCACUGGAGCGAACCGUCCAGGUAUUUGGAUUGACACUGGCAUCCACUCCAGAGAAUGGGUCACCCAGGCCAGCGGAACCUGGUUCGCCAAAAAGAUCGUGAAAGACUACAAACGUGAUCCAGUCCUCACCGACAUCCUUAACAACUAUGAUAUCUUCCUGGAGAUUGUCACCAACCCUGAUGGUUUUGCAUACACCCACAACAGAGUGAGUUUAAAGGACCGCAUGUGGCGUAAAACCAGAAAGCUGAACCCUGGCUCCAGGUGUGUUGGCGUUGACCCCAACAGGAACUGGGAUGCUGGCUUUGGAGGUGCUGGUUCCAGUGGCAAACCUUGCUCUCAGACGUAUCGUGGACCCAGAGCUAAUUCUGAGAGAGAGGUCAAGGCCAUUGUGGACUUUGUGAAAUCUCACGGCAAACUCAAAGCAUUUGUGUCCAUCCACAGCUAUUCCCAGAUGCUCCUUUAUCCAUACGGAUACACACACACUCCUGCAAAGGACAAUGAUGAACUGAAUGAGCUCGCCGAGAAGACUGUCUCUGCCCUGCAGUCAUUGUACAACACUCAGUACAGAUUUGGAAGCAUCAUUACUACCAUCUAUCAAGCCAGUGGAGGCACUAUUGACUGGACCUACAACCAGGGCAUCAAGUACUCCUACACCUUUGAGCUGAGAGACACUGGCAGGUAUGGUUUCCUCCUGCCUGCCAAUCAAAUCGUCCCCACUGCUGAGGAGACCUGGCUGGCCCUGAUGACCAUCAUGAAGCACACCAGGAAAAAUCCAUAUUAAAAAUACAACAAUAUUUCUGUUAUGAGUCAAAGUAAAUAAGAGUGUUAAUAAAUGAAUAAAAUAAAAACAACAACAAAAACUGUUUUAUCAAUGUUGCUUUAAUAUACAAUACAAAUUUAAAUAUAUUGUUCAGCCCUGCAAAUCUCUGGAUACUGACUAAUAUACAGUAUCUGUACCAGAUAAAGUAUUGGAGUUUAUUA